GGCUAUGGCUUUGCAUGGGUAUAGACUCUGCUACGGGUACCACCAGAUUCGGUGGAAACCCAUGUUCGAGGAGGGGCCUUGGAUCACGACUAUACUUAACUACGACGGGGGAGACGAGAUGAGACUGAGGAUCAACGUGGAAGGAGGAAAAGAGGUGGAGAUGCGGACUAAUGGGAAGCUACAGGACGCUAUCAUUGAGACGAAAUAUCGUGUGGAGAGGCGUUGCCGGAGGAACGGCGUGACGGCUAAAAUGCAGGUAACGGUCUCAUAUCAUGAACACGGCGGACCUGGAACAAGCCCACAUGGACAAGGACUCAGAGGAAAGAAAAAGGCUGAAAGUGGGGAAGAUGACGACGACAACGAUGACAAUGAAAAUUAUGGUGAGAAGGGGGAUUCGUCAAGAUCCAAAAGGAAUGGAAAGAAUAGUGAUGGAGGGAACAGAGAAAGAAGGAAAUAUGAUGAGCGUCGUAAGAAAAGUUUUACUUGCUACUACUGUGGUGAAGGGGGUCACACUACCACUUAUUACAAGCCUCUUGAGGAGGAUGUAAGGAGUGGUGUGGCAAAGAAAGAUGCAAUGGGCCAUGUCUGUGAUAGCUCAUGGAAUAAGUUGGACCCCAGACAUCCAGGAGGUAUGAGGCUUCUUGCUCUUAAACAUGACGAAAAGAUGAAGAUUAAGAAGAAGAGAAAGGCUAAUGUGAAUGUUCAUUUCCUCAUUGGAGAAUUACCUAGUGAACUAGUACAAAGAACAAGUGACCCUUAUACCACGAUUGAGCUGUCUUUGCAGUCCUUAACAUUGACAGAGCGUGAACCUAGCGAGACAUCUACAAGUGAGUCUCCAUUGGGAGGGAAUCCUGCUUUUCAGAAUCCUUCUGAAUUAGUAGAGUCCUCUUCCAAUGAAAUGGAUCACCUUCUGGCUAACAUGAUGUCGUUCCAUGAUAAUCUACCUCCAGAACUUAUCAUGGAACCCAGUGUCAGGGUAGAUCCAACAGUUAGCAGAUGGAUCGCCUUUAUCUUGACAUAUGAUUUUAAGCUGGAAAAGAUCCCCACUGAGAAAAACAGAGCGGAUGGCCUAAGCCGGAUUGAGUGGCGAGAAGAAGAAGCCGAAAAUGUAAAUGGAAUAGUUGAAGAAUCUGCCUAUGUUGAUAAUUUCCUUAAUGAAAAAGAUGAUGAGGAUUAUGAAGCACCAUGCUCCUACAAGUGGAGUCUGUGGCCAGAAGAGAGAGACAGUUGGGGAGAAAUUCCAAGCGCAUACGUUUAUGAGUCGAUUCUGGAGAAAGAAGAAAAAGAUGAACCAAACGAUUGGUACGCAAGAGUUAAUGCAGCAGCAAUGACUGCCCAUGAGAUUGGGGAAAGUUCAGGUUCGAAGGAAGAAGAAGAGAGUGAAGAGAAGGAAGAAGAGAUAUUUUUCUUCUUUGAAAAAUAUGAUGAAAAUUAUCAAGAGAUUGACAAGAAGAUGGAAAAGGAGCAGCUAAAAGAAUAUUAUUCUCGCUGCAUUGGAGCCGCUAGUCAGGGGCCAAAGGCCGCAGUAGUGGAGACAGGCGUUAAGUCAUCCGAAGUGCGUACUCCUGGGGUCGGAACUCUGGCUAUUCAAGACGCGGCUAUGGCUUUGCAUGGGUACAGACCUUGCUACUGGUACCACCAGAUUCGGUGGAAACCCAUGUUCGAGGAGGGGCCUUGGAUCACGACUAUACUUAACUACGACGGGGGAGACGAAAUGAGACUGAGGAUUAACGUGGAAGGAGGAAAAGAGGUGGAGAUGCGGACUGAUGGGAAGUUACAAGACGCUAUCACUGAGACGAAAGAUCGUGUGGAGAGGCGUUGCCGGAGGGACGUCGUGACGACAAAAAUGCAGGUAACGGUCUCGUAUCAUGAGACCGAGACCUCCAUCGACACAGCGGACCUGCAACAAGCCCACGUGGACAGGGACUCAGGUGGGGAGAGCGAAAGAAGUGAAGCAGGGGAUCGGGAAACGGACCUCAGAUCCUGGAAUACACCAGGCGAGAUCCAGAAGCACCACCGGGCGGUGAAGCCAGUGGAAGAGGGACCCGAGGCCAACUCUCGACAGCUGACGCCCAGAGGCCGGCAGAAUCCGAUGUGGCUUCUGGGGGAUGCGGAGGCAAGGGCUCGAAAGGCAGGCGAGAGGUUUGCCAACAAGGGGUGGGAUGUGGUGCGUACUAAGGCUGUGAUGGGAGGAUGGAAGAAGUUUAGGCCUCCCUGUCUACGAACCAAGACUUGGGUACCCGAGUUCGUAGCAGACUGGUUUGAGGGUUUUGAUCACGUCGCAGAAGUGGCCAACACUAUGGGGCGGAUACACAUAAAUUGUGAAUGGCUGCCGGAAGAAUUUUAUAAAACUUCGUUGAAAUCUGGGUCAUUCCACGGUGACAGAGCCUGGGAGGUCCUCAUCAUUUUGGACAUGGAGAGGAACGACCGGCUAGAGGUAGCUCCAGAGGUCAGGGAGGCCAUAAUCCGUAAAGAGGUAGCAGCGACGCCUUGCUAUGUGGAUGAUGUGUUCAAACCGUUCGAGGGUGACGGGGACCGUAUACCUACCGGAGAUUGGGUGGCACAUGCUAGGAACUGAGAUGGCACUAGGACAUAGACUGCUGCCAAUAUUAUGAAGGGAUGCCAGGGUAGUGAACCGAAUAGGCCAGAAGAUUCGAGGGAGAAGGAAUGUGGGAUUGAGAACUCAGAUGGAGGUAGGAGGAUGGAGAGAAUUUAGGGCCCCGAUGACAGGAUUGCGGUGUCGGGUACCCCGUUUUAUGAUAGACUUGUUAUUCGGCAGCUUCUCAAGGGCAAGAGACUUAGUGGACUCAACCUUAGUCAGGAUCCACGAUUUUAAACCACAGACGGAGGGAAUGUUUUACGAUGUGUCAGUUAGGCACGGACCAUUUUGGGGUAAUCAAGCCCGUGAACUACU